AAAUUAAGCCUACGCAUGAAAACUUUAAACGGGACACUGCUGAACUUCUCGAUUGUGACGGGUGUAUAAUUUCCCAAGCUUUGCAGACAAUAUAGAAACGAGGAAGUGAACACUCAGAAAAUAAUGGAUGGACUGAGGACGACAAAAUCGGGUUCUCUCAUCGCCUUGGUGUUGUGUAUACUGUUUCUUGAGGCUCGCUACUGUAUUGAAGCCAACGAGAUUCAAUCACAAAAGUUGUGCUCUGAAGAUGUCUUAGUUCUUCUUCAGCAUCUAAGCUCAUCUCCAUGUGACGUAACAGAUGAGACGGAUAUCAUUGUAAAUAAUAGGAUUCAAGAUGAGAGAAACUGCCUGGUAACUUGUGACAUUAAGGGUUCCAUCAGGUCCACAAGCAAUUGUACUUCUCAAUGUCAAUCCACGGAUGAUAGUAAAAUCUCCAACUCCAUUGACAAGGAAGGUCAGCUUGAUUGGUCAAAACAAUUCUCCUUCUGCUGCGAAAACUCAGGAAGAAUUGUUAGCAUUAAAGGACGGUGUGAUUAUACAGUAUACGGUAGAAGCAGUUUAAAACUGGGAGAAAGAUGCAUUUUGGAGAAACAAUGUAAUGAUCCAGACUUUCCCUUGACUUGCUUAAGAAGCCGUUGCUCAUGUACAGAUAGGUAUAUAGAAUACAGAGGACAAUGUUUGAGGGAUGGACUAAACUACGGCACACGAUGUAUGAUAUCACGCCAGUGUUCUGGGUCUCCGUCUCCGCUAAUCUGUGAUACAAAUGAGCGUUGUGUCUGUUCACCAGGAUAUUUUUAUGAUGACAGCACAUACACAUGUAUAAAAGCAUGGAACCCACAACUUGGUGAUGACUGUACCUCAGAGCGGCAGUGUGGUGGAACAAAUACCUCCAUGACGUGUUCUUCUGGAAAGUGUGCUUGUAAAACAGGAUAUAUUCAGUCACACAGAAUGUGUCUUAAAGAUGGACUAAACUUCGGCACACCAUGUAUGAUAUCACGCCAGUGUUCUGGGUCUCCGUCUCCGCUAAUCUGUGAUACAAAUGAGCGUUGUGUCUGUUCACCAGGAUAUUUUUAUGAUGACAGCACAUACACAUGUAUAAAAGAUGUCAAACAAACUGGAGGGCCAGAAAUGCAGCAAAGUGAAUCAGAAGAUACGGUUAUUAUUGGGGCUGCAGUAGGAUCAGGAGUGACUGGCGUGAUCAUUGGUGUGAUGACGACCUUAGGUGUGAUGUUUCUUUUGAAGAGGAGCAGAACUAGGAAAGAUUGUGACACGGGAAAAUCACAGGAGGGUAGACAUGGGGUUUAUGAAGAAAGACUUGAAGUGGUUUCAAAACAAGAUACCUAUGAACAAAUAGGAAGUGUGGAGGAAAAGAAUAACAUCAGCAAAGAAGUGGUACUAAAUUCAGAAAGUAUGUACCAUGUCGUUGAACCAACACCAUCUGCUCCUAUUGAUGACAGAAUUAAUAAACAGGAAGAGGAAAGUGUGUAUAAUCACCUUUUCGAAAAAGUUGAGGAGUCUGGAAUUAGCAAUUAUGACAAUCCACACGAAAUCUGUGCAGGGCGUGAUAACCAGGUGUUUGUUGAAGAGGGGAAAACACAAAAUGCUGGCCAUGCUAAACAGGUAUUUGAUGAAGAGGGGAAGACACAAAAUUCUGCUUUGCCUGAGGAUGAUGAGCGGACUGGCUUUAACCUAAAGAGUCUGAACAAUGACAAUUCAGAAUCAGAUAAUUAUUUUGUACUCGUAAAGAAUAAUUGAUUGGUGGAAAAUGUAUACAGAAUAGAAGGCAUGAUAGUUACAUUUGGAUCAUGUGUAAAUUCAACAUUGAAAAUCACUAAAAACGUAUAUUUUGUAACUGCAAGUGCAUUGAUCUGUCAUGCUCGACUAACUAUAAUAUAUGCUUGUAUAUGUAAUACAUGAUGUAAUAAAAUGUGUUCUCUCU